CAAUGGGAAUAUAACGAUCAUGGCUAAGAAACAAAUAUUGUUAACGCUUCUCGUCCUGGGCUUAUUCAGAAGUUAUGAUGGUACAAGGGCCGCUACUUCGAUGCAGACAAGAAACAGGGUUUACGUGAAAUGUUACAUACGCAGCUGGACAAGAUAGAAACGGACACAGUGACAGUGCGCACCGAGGAAGAGGGGCCACGGACAGACAGACAGCUGAAACUUCACUGCUUGACAUGUAUGAUGAAAUCCUUGUUGAGAAUGAAAGGACUGAACAAAUGAACAAUGAAACAGCAACUUUGUGGUGUAACUGCACCACGGCCCAGUGUCAGAAGACUGGCUCCCAGUGUGAGACGGAUGGGGCCUGCAUGGCCUCCACGUCCUUCAUCGACGGCCAAGAGCAGCACAUUCGUAUCUGCAUCACCCGGGACAAGCUGGUACCCCCGGGCCAGCCCUUCUACUGCCUGAGUGCUGAGGGCCUCCUCAACACACACUGCUGCUACACUAACUACUGCAACAGCCUCAACCUCAAAGUUCCCUCUGUGACUUUGCGGCCGGGCCUGGGGGGCGGCUUUGGCCCUGAUGGUACAUGGGGUCCAGUGGAGCUGGUGGCAGUGGUCGCAGGGCCCGUCUGCCUGCUGUGUGUGCUGCUAAUCAUGGCUGUGUUCCUGUUCCAGUACCACCAGAGGGCCUACAGCCACAGGCAGAGGCUGGAGGUGGAGGACCCCUCCUGUGACCACCUCUACAUGGCCAAGGACAAGACCCUGCAGGACCUCAUCUAUGACAUGUCCACCUCUGGAUCAGGAUCUGGCCUCCCUCUGUUUGUCCAGCGGACGGUAGCCAGGACGAUCGUGCUGCAGGAGAUCAUAGGGAAGGGGCGUUUCGGAGAGGUAUGGCGGGGCCGCUGGAGAGGAGGAGACGUGGCGGUGAAGAUCUUCUCAUCCAGAGAGGAGCGCUCCUGGUUCCGGGAGGCUGAGAUCUACCAGACCGUCAUGCUGCGCCACGAGAACAUCCUGGGAUUCAUCGCCGCAGACAACAAAGAUAAUGGCACAUGGACCCAGCUGUGGCUGGUGUCAGACUACCAUGAGUACGGCUCUCUGUUUGACUACCUGAACCGCUACUCUGUGACCAUCGAGGGCAUGAUCAAACUGGCACUGUCGGCUGCCAGCGGCCUGGCACACCUGCACAUGGAGAUCCUGGGCACGCAGGGUAAGCCUGGUAUUGCCCACCGGGACCUCAAGUCUAAGAACAUCCUGGUGAAGAAGAACAGUACAUGUGCCAUCGCUGACCUUGGGCUGGCAGUGCGCCACGAGUCCACCACCGACACCAUAGACAUCGCUCCCAACCAGAGAGUGGGCACCAAGAGGUACAUGGCCCCUGAGGUUCUGGAUGAGAGCAUCAACAUGAGGCAUUUUGAUUCGUUUAAGUGUGCAGACAUCUACGCUCUGGGCCUGGUGUACUGGGAGAUCACACGCCGCUGCAACGCUGGAGGUAUCCAUGAGGAGUACCAGCUGCCCUACUAUGAUCUGGUGCCCUCUGACCCCUCCAUAGAGGAGAUGAGGAAGGUGGUUUGUGACCAGAAACUACGGCCCAACGUGCCCAACUGGUGGCAGAGCUACGAGGCCCUGCGUGUAAUGGGGAAGAUCAUGAGGGAGUGUUGGUACGCCAACGGAGCCGCCCGCCUCACUGCCCUGCGCAUCAAGAAGACCCUGUCCCAGCUGAGUGUCCAGGAGGACAUCAAAGUCUGAGAGGGUUCUGUCCCAAAGACCUGAGGAGAGCGCUAGGGACUCUGUCCCGCACUAAAGUAUACUGAGAGAAAGAGCGGGGGACAGUGUCUUUUCCAAUGAACGCACAAGUUAACAAAAGAAAAGAAUGAAACAACAAAAGCAAAAUGUAAAAAGAACAUGAUAUAAAAACUUUCCUGCCAGUCUUUUUAAAGCCACCACUGUUUGAGUUGUGACCAGCCCUACCUCACCUAUUCAGCCAAAACUACUGACAACCCCUGUCCUUCCCUGUCCCCAACCUACCCCACCCUUCUGUCCCUGCAGCCCCCCUUCCCCGUUCUGUUCCUACUAAAAUGGCUGCCAACAAUUACUGCUACUACUACUACUGCCCCUGACAAUGCCCAUGUUAAUCUCAAUGGCAGGAUAUAUACUGUAUACAACUGUGUAUUUAUUAACAGAAUGUGUAAUUUAAUUUUAAACCCUUUUUUUUCUUAGUAACUUUCCCCAAGACUUAUCAAAGGACACUAAUGGUUUUACCCUAUACAUUAAUUUAUUUUUGUUCUGUUUAUCGUUAUACUGUAUUCAUGCCAUGUUGACUCGAUGUUGGGAGAGGUCUGACUGCUUUCAGUGUUUUCUUUGUCAGGGAGUAUAUAAGGGGAAGGUACAGUCUUUCUAUGAAUUCUGUGUAGGGGUCAUUCCACCAAUUCAGUGCCUUUUGAGAUAUCUAACUUGGUGGGGAAAAAACAUUUGAUUUCACCUCAUUUUUACAUUGUGUCAUAAAGAGCACAUGUUCAACUUAAUAAAAAAACAUGUUUUCCCAUCUCGAGGUUAAAUCAAAUUUAAAAGGACUAUAGUAUGUGCCUAAUUAAGUAAAGUGUAUAUAGGUUGAUUAACAGUGUUGACGAUUUCUUCUUUAUUCAGCCAUGAAUCCUCUUGUGACAGGAAAUGGAAGCUUAUUGUGUGCAACAGGGAGGGGAAAUUGAAUGCAAGCUUUACAACAACAAAUAUUUUAAAAGAUUCUAGCCUGUCUAUCUAUGAGUAACAUGGUUGAUGUGAUAUACUUGACCCACUCAGUUUUCCACCACAAAACACCAGAAAAUGGCCAGAAAGAGUAGAACCUGCUCACUUACUUUUACACUAUGAUUUGACUAUUAGAUGUUCAGAGUUCCACCAUAUUAAAACGAGAGUUCAGUUCACGUAACAGGGUAUUUUUUUCCUUCCUUAAAAUGAAUAAUCACAUUUUAAAAUAUAUCUUCAGAAAUGACUAUCAGAGCAAAAAAUGAAAUAGGGCUUUGCAAUUAUGGGGAAAACUUGGAGCAAUGUUGAUGUUAAAAACCUCACAGGAUCUGUGUCCCUAUACCGGGACGGUUGAGAUAAUGUGCGCUAAUGUGAUUAGCAUGACAUUGUAAGUAACAGUGAACUUUCCAGGACAUAGACAUGUCUUAUAUAGGCAGAAAGUUUAAAUUCUUGUUAAUCUAACUGCACUGUCCAAUUUACAGUAGCUAUUAGAGUAAAAAAAAUACUAUGCUAUUGUUUGAGGAGAGUGCACAACACACUUUUAUCACAGCAACUGUUUUGAUACAUUCACCUCUGAAGGUAAAUAAUGUACUUACAUUCAGUAAUCUUGCUCUGAUUUGUCACCCUGAGGGUCCCAGAGAUAAAAUGUAGGAACUGGGUUCUACAGUUUGAACCCUUACUGUCUCUGCUCCACACCCACCCCGCCCGGCCAUCAAGAUGUGUGAAAGUUAGUGUAUAACCUAAUGCUCCAUCAUGUAUGACAUUCCUCGGAGUGUGUCAACUUAAAUGUUGUAUUACCAUAUUUUUGUAUGUUCUCUAUAGUUAUCUACUUGAAAAUGUAUCAAUUGACCAGUUCGGCCCAUUUGGGCAAACUUGAUACAAAUUAUUGUCCAGUAUUGCUAUGCUUCAAUGGGUCAAUCUCAAACUUUGCACAUACACUGCUAAAUUGCACCUAAACUGCAAUAUUAUAUUAUGGCCUUUCUCUUGCAUUUCAAAGAUGGUGUGAGGAAAAAAUAGAAAUUGCUUGUUUUUCUGUUCAUAUUAUCUUUUACCAUAUCUAAUGUGUUAUUCUCCUACACUAAUUUCACAUUUCCACAAACUUCAAAGUUUUUCCUUUCAAAUGGUAUCAAGUAUAUGCACAUCAUUGCCUCAGGUCCUGAGCUAUAGGCAGUUAGAUUUGGGUAUGUCAUUUUAGGUGAAAAUUGGAAGGAAAAAAAGGGUAUGAUCCUUAAGAGGUUUUAAGUGGGUAAAAAUCUUCCUGGAAGUCAGAGGGUGCAUGGAGGGACAAUUCAAAAUGCUGGCACUUUAACAGAAAAUCUGAUUGAUUGAAUUCUCCCUGUGGUCUAUAUUAAAGGGUACUUCAUUGAAUAUAACAGUCUUUUAAAAUUCAAUAUUGGUGCACAAUUUCUAUUUAAAAUAUCAAAGGGAAGCAAAAGGCACUCAUUUGUGGAAAUGAUCAAGUUGUAGACGGAUCUCUCUGUUGUACAUAUAAACUAAGAAAAAGUUUUUUAAAUCAAUGAGGACCAAGUCUUCCUCAUUUAUCGGGUGAUGUUAUCUAUCAUUUAUGGUAGCAGUGGACUGUGAGUCACUGAGAGAUCAACUUCCAUAGUUUCUUUAAAUCUAAGUUUCCCAUUACUACAUCCAUUGUUGUAAUGGAACUCCUAUUGCCCACUUAGAGGCAGGAAUGGUCCAUACAAACACCUGGCUCUAUGGUAUUUCAUGACGAUGGACUGUAUUGUAGCCAUUUUGUAAACACUCACAUCAAUUGCUGUUAUGAUGAUUUAUUUAAUUUUUUUCCCACAAUACCUCCAUGUAUGUUUCCCCUCAUGUUAUAUUCUCCCUGACCAAGUAUUAUCACUGUACAUACAAUAACUUUUUUAGGUGUGACUAUAUAUGACUCUUUUUUUUUAUUUGAGUUUCCAUUGAUAUUUUAAUAAUGUUUUGUAAUGUUUACCAACAGUUACACUGGUUACUGGUCUUAGAUGGGAGACAAUUGGAGAGGCUUAUAUGUGCUGUCAAUCAACCACUGAUAAACCAAUGGAAUAUCUACAAAGCAACACUACUGUAUACUGAGUCAUUGAAAGCACAUACUGAGUCCCUCCUAUUUGAUGUCUCCCAUUACUAUAGAACAGUAUUUGAUUGUUUUGUCUAUUCCACUCCAUAUUCAUAAAUUAUACCCCACCUACAUUACCUCUUUGAUAUGCAAAUUGUAAAUAGUUUGUAUGAUGGAUGAUGAUUUAUCUGUCAAAUCUUGUUUUCACCGUGUAUUCUGUUUUCAGGAAAAUAAUAUGUACUGUUAAAUUUGUCGCUUUAUUUUAUUUUUCGUUGAGCACAAACUCAAAAGGUACUGCUGACGUGAAGUCUCCUUCCUUGUGUUCCUAAUCCUGCCAGUUUAUUGCUAGUUCCUAGAAAAGGCUCUGCAGGGCCAAUGUGUGCACUACUCACUCCACAGCACCUCAACCAAACUGUUCUCAACACCCAUCACUGUUUUACUGCAGAUCACACCAGUGACAACAGAGGGUGUUUAUAAUAUAUUAAGCAUUUUAAUCAGUUAUUGAGAUUUGGUGAUUGGUAAAUACCUCUCACAGAUUUCUUCACAUUUCCAUAAAGCUAAGUAACAGUGAAGAGUCCCCAGACCCUCUGUAAAGAGUGCUUAUUCAGCGUGGCUGUAGCACAAAAGGAUUGUCGUUAAACUUUUUUGUGGUAAAAUUAAUACUACUGAUACUUAUCAAUGCUGUUCCGCAGGAAAUAUAUAUGGCCUGGAUGCAUUUAUUUGAUUUAAUGUGUUAGUUUAUGACCAUGUUACGCUCGCCUGUACUGUAUAUUAUUUGUUUAUGGUUCUUGGGUGAUGGCCAAGAGGACUUGGCGUGCGUACAUGUGCAUAUUUUUCCUGAAAAUGUGGUUGCUUAUGUUUUUGGCUGAGUGGUAGACGGGGCCUGGGAGUCUGCGUACUGUUAGGUGAAUUCAGAUUUUCUGUCCUUGGUUGGGAAGUGAUCCUAUGUAAACAUCAUAGGCCAUAGAUGGGAUAUGUCUCUGGCCUUGUGUCUCUACAUCACAUACUGUUAAGGGGAAUUAUGACAAGAUGAAAUGUUGUAUGCUGUUGUAUUGCACUAUGGAGUGUUUAAGCAAUAAGGCAUGAGGAGGUGUGGCAUAUGGCCAAUAUACCACGGCUAAGUGCUGUUCUUAUGCACGACGCAACGCAGAGUUCCUGGAUACAGCCCUUAGCCCUGAUAUAUUUGCCAUAUAUCACAAACCUCCGAGGUGCCUUAUUGCAAUUAUAAACUGGUUACCAUCAGAGCAGUAAAAAUAAAUAUUUUGUCAUACGGUCUGAUAUACCACGGCUGUCGGCCAAUCUGCAUUCAGUGCUCGAACCACCCAGUUAAUGAAGUGACGAAUGAUGAGAACGCCCAGACAUCUGGACAAAGAAAUCAAAAUAAGCUUUUAAAACCAAGUGAAAACCUUUUCAGGACUAGUAUCCAAUCAUGUAUAUCAGUAAUAUUAUAUAGCCUAUAGUAAUAAAUACAACUGUUUUCCUA